UUUGUUUUGGUUUCGAUUAACUCGAUAGGCCUGAUCGCAUAAUGGAUCAUCUGUCCAAAAUGGCACUUAUCUAACUUCCUAAGCAGUUAAUCGUCAGCUUGCAGAUUCUAUUAUUGUCACGAUAAUGUUUGAGAUGCACAGUUUUAUUACUUGACUCAGGAGGUUCGCUCGUCUCAUAGCAAUAAACUUACUGAAUCAUAUAUAAUGCUUGAAAAGAUAAGUUUCCUCCAGCGCACCUAAAAUGACUGGUGUUCUAAAUAAUGUGUCCCAUAUUGGUAAUGGGACUCCGAAUGCUUCUAUCAAAGUGGAGGCGGAAGAAGACAUCCCUUUGCCUGAAAAGUUAAAACGGAGUAGAGUGCAAGACUCAUCGAGUGACGACGACAUUCCAUUAUCAGACAAGUUAUUCCGAGUGUCAAAAAAACCGAAAUUGGAGCCGCCAGUUUCAUCACAGUCCCGCACCAGAGGUCAUGAGGAACACCGAAAAGAUGUAAAACCAGCAAAUCAAAAAACAAAGAAGGAAGCCUCAUCCCCUUCAAAGGGUAAAAAGCAAGAGAAGCCUGAAGAGGAAGUAUGGAGGUGGUGGGAAGAGCAGAAAAAAGAUGACGGUGUUAAGUGGAGAUUCCUAGAACACAAGGGUCCUCUAUUUGCCCCUCCAUAUGAACGUUUGCCUAGCUCUGUGCAUUUUCAUUAUGAUUCUAAACCUAUGAGGUUAUCAGACCACGCGGAAGAAGUUGCAGGGUUUUAUGCACGUAUGCUAGACCAUGAGUACACCACGAAAGAUGUAUUCAAUCACAACUUCUUCCGGGAUUGGGUAAAAACAAUGAAUGAAGAGGAACGUCGGACUAUUAAGUCUCUGAGCAAGUGCGAUUUCCGAGAAAUGCACCAAUAUUUUCUCAAACUAAGUGAAGAAAGAAAAAACCGGUCCAAGGAAGAAAAACAAAAAGCUAAGGAAGAAAAUUUACAAAUUCAGAACGAAUACGGCUACUGCAUAUUAGACGGUCACAAACAAAGAAUUGGGAAUUUUCGCAUUGAACCACCAGGUUUAUUUCGAGGACGUGGUAAUCAUCCCAAGAUGGGCAUGCUUAAAAAACGCAUUAUGCCAGAAGAUGUUAUUAUUAACUGUUCAAAAGACUCAAAGGUCCCAGCUCCUCCAAAAGGUCACAGGUGGAAGGAAGUUAGACAUGAUAACACAGUCACGUGGCUAGCAUGCUGGACUGAAAACAUCCAAAAUAGCUUUAAAUAUGUUAUGCUUAACCCAUCCUCUCGCUUAAAGGGUGAAAAAGACUGGAAGAAAUAUGAAACUGCCCGUUGCCUGCACAAAAUCAUUGACAAAAUCAGAGCAGAUUAUAGGGCUGAUUUCAAACACAAGGAAAUGAGAAUACGACAAAGAGCGGUGGCACUAUAUUUUAUUGAUAAGUUGGCUCUUCGUGCUGGUAACGAGAAAGACGAAGACGAAGCAGAUACCGUGGGUUGUUGCUCACUUCGUUAUGAGCAUAUUAAACUACAUGAAGAGUACAAUGGUCAGCCUUAUGUGGUGGAAUUCGACUUCCUGGGUAAAGAUUCAAUUCGCUAUCAAAAUGCCGUUUCCGUUCCUAAACGUGUUUUCAAGAAUGUCAAGUUGUUCCUGAAAAACAAGAAAGAAAAUGACGAUUUAUUUGAUCGACUUAAUACAACAGUUCUAAAUCAGUACUUACGGGAACUUAUGGAAGGUUUGACUGCCAAAGUUUUCCGUACAUACAACGCAAGUCGGACUCUGGAAGAACAGUUGGAAAAGCUUACAAAUCCUGACGAUCCUCCUCAUGCUAAGCUUCUUGCGUACAAUCGAGCCAAUCGAGCGGUUGCUGUCCUAUGUAAUCAUCAACGUUCAGUCCCAAAAUCCUUCGCCAAAUCUAUGGAAAAUUUACAGAAGAAGCUUCAAAUUCCUUAGAAUAGAAAAUUAACCUUCGUCUCUUCAUCUCAUUUUUAUCCAUAUUCGUGAAGUGUUCCAAAUGUACCCAUCUUUCAAAUGGUUACCAUAUUUAGUGUGAGCUACUGUUCUGAUCUUUUGCCGAAUUGUGGGGAUAACUGUUUAGAUUCCUAGCUUGCUACACUAGAAAUUUUCAUAGUUUCCUAGUGACUAAUGGAGUUAGUUUCUUCAGUAUUCGUUGGCAAAUACCAACUCCACAACCUUGAACAACUGCGAACUGCAGUGCUCAGGAAGAAGGAAGCACAAAUCUUUUGAAAAUUUCCAAUAUCUUUGUUUUGAAAUCAGUCCCAGUUUGAGUGAACGUUAGAAUUCAAAACAUCCAAGAUUUACCGUUUCAAGUAUCUCAGCAAAUUUUUUGAAAACCUACACUGCAUUGCCAAAAGAGUAGCUUUAAUUGUAUAUACGCCGAUUUUUAAUUUAGUUGUAUUCUAAUUUGAAACAACUUUGAUCUAUUUAAUUACUCCUAGAGAAGUCUUUAGAAUAUGGUUCCAUUAUAAUACAUCUGGAUGUACAGAAUAGUACAUGAACAGUUGUCGCGUUUUAAGAAUUUCAUAUACGCGCUUACAGCUGUAACAUUCGCGACUGGCUGCAUCAGUGCUUGUAUCGUGCAUUUUCCCACUAAUAAAUUAGAUCACUGGUUUCCAUAUCUAAGCUCAUUUGAAUUUUGAAAACCAGAUAUUCAUAUUUCAUUAAUGAAUUAAAACACUAAUGAGACCUCCUGUGAAGUAUCUCUGAAGAUUUUCUAACAGACUAGCACACUAGCCACCUUAUUUGCUAGCACCAAAGGCAUUUAACAAGUAUAUUAUGACGCAUAUGAGUAAAUGAAUGAAUUAUUACCGUAGAACCUUACGUGGAAUUUCGUCAGUGUGCACCUCACCACUCCAGAAAAGCACAUAAAAGCUGAGACUGGAGAUAUAAUGAGACCAUAGUAACAAAAAAACUACGGAAGAUCAUGAAUCCUCUUAUUUUUGCUCUUCUAUAUUAUGGUUUCGGAAGGUCACAACACAAAGUUAUCUGGUUACCAAAAAGUGUGUCUUGCUUUCAUGAACUAUGAACGACACUCAAUUAUACACCACUCUGUAUUGCAUUUGUUUUAUUGUUAUGCAUAUCACUUCCUAGAUCGACGCGAAACGUGAGCAAAUUUCAGAAAUAACCAUGGAAGCUAAGCAAAUCAAGGCAGAUUACAAAAACCACAAACAGGCAUCGAAAAAGGCAGCUUAUGAAAAGUUAAAAAAACGCCUCGCAUCUGCCAAAGAAGCAUUAUCAAAAUUACAGUUGCAGGCUACUGAUAGAGAUGAAAAUAAAGAAAUCGCACUCAGUACAAGUAAACUAAACUAUCUGGAUCCUCGAAUUUCAGUUGCUUGGUGCAAAAAAUAUAACGUUCCUGUUGAAAAAAUAUUUAACAGAACUCAGAGAGAAAAAUUCCAGUGGGCAAUCGACAUGGCAACAGCUGAAUACAAGUUUUUAGAUGUGGAUUCAGACAGAAACACAAAUAAACUAAAAGCUGUAGAAACUGACGAUGAAGAUAUGAUUGAUGAUGAAGACUAAGUAAAGAAGACACUCAGGAAGUGUUUCCUAAACAAGUCUCGUCCGAAAGCAUAGUUUAUGUCUGUCGUUUUAAAGUUGAAAAUUGGUUCCUCUACUCUUUGAGUAAUGCUUAUGUGUAUCUUUGUCAAAUCAUGAAGUCCAUUGUAAUUUUCUCCUCAAGGGCGUAAUGCCUAUUUAUGUCAUCUUCCUGAAAAAUAUUUUCAGUCCUCUUUAUGUACUAAGUUAUCUCUUCGAACAUAUUAUGACGUAUGUCGUAUGGGUGACAAAUGAAAUUAAACACAACUGCUUUUUCAAGAAGCUUAAAAACUAGGAAUAUUACAUUUUUAUGCCCAACAACAAAACCUUUGAUAUGAAUAAUAAUGUUUAUGUGCAUUAUUAUGUGACUUCAGAGCUCUUUCUUUAUUUUUUUUCCCGACGUAGUUAUUUAUUGUCUUUUCACAUGCUCAUAACUUCUAUUGUCCCCUCCGAGGAUAAUUAUCCUAUCAUAGGUUUAUAUUAUCCUUAUAGUAUGUCUUGUUUUUGAUUCCCCUAUCUUAUUUUAAUUUGAAUGACUUUAUGUUCAAUGACGUAUUACUUCAAUUAUUUGUUUUACUGUUUUUCUUUGUUUUGUUUUUGAUCCUUGAUUUUUCUUGAUAUCUUGGUGUUAAUGCAGUUAUGGAUAUUGUCGUAUUCAUCUCGAAUAUACCGUUCAUGUGAUAACCUGUUGACUUCUAAGUCUAAUUAAUCAUUGGUCACGGUAUGUGUGUAUCUACGACGUUGAACUAUUCCAAAUAUUUCUACGAUUCCAUAGAAAUUUUUUUCAUUGUACGCAUCAUUUCUCACUUACAAAUUUGAACAAAACAGAGAGAGAGAGAGCGAUUGCAACAGGAUUGCUAAAUGAAUUAAUCACGCAUUCACUUUAUCGGCAUUCCAAUUGUGAACAGACGUCGUCACCCAAUCAUCUUUCUUCGUUUUGCAAUAUAUUAGCAAAAAAUAAAAACAAUCAAAAGUUAGUUAUGAAGUUAUUUCUAUCCGCAUGUGAAUAUAAUGGAAGUUGCUUUCGUUCUCAUCUUUAAAAUGUGUGUGUACUGAAUAAAUUUCAGUGAGGGCAACUGCCUUCCGACGAAUACCAUAGUGAUGUUAAUACAACUCACAUUUAUAUCAAUGAGUUUACACACGCAUAGCACCAGGUCAAGACGUGAUUAAAUCGAACUCCAACUUGGGUGUGACAUGAUAUACUAUAACAGUAAGAUAUCCAAGCAGGGUUCAUUUACUAAGCAAAUGUUGUGAGGUCAUGUGUAAUUGAGUUUUCGUAUCACUAGCAUUGCACGAUUUGUCAGGAAUUAUUUUUAUUCUGGAUUCAAAUUAAGAAUGUUAAAGGCCUUCAUGAAAUAGUUGUUUUUGCAUUCAAUAAUGUUCAUAGUCUCGAUAACAGAAAAGAUUGCGCUGUCUAUAUUUUUAGGAUGCCUGAACAAAUGUAACAAAAGAACAGUUGUUUAACCAAAUAAAGCACUGAAUAAAACUUCUAUUUAUAAGAUAAUAUGCUCUCAAAUAUGAAUACUUCUCUUCGAAUGGAAAAGUAAUAGGACUGGUGGUUUGUCACAUAAUAUUUCGAAGUUGAAGAUUACUCUUAGAUUUAUUUACUCGUUCACAAAAUAGCCCAUUGUAAGCGCCUCUGAGAAGUCGAACACAAUUUAUUAUCAAGAGAAAUAAUCCAACUUUGCAUGUGCUAAUCACACUUAGUCAAUUUCAUUGUUAGCUUUUGUCAGUUUCAUAUGCUUGAUUUUUUGUCAUACUGACAGGCAUCCAUACUAGAUAAAUAUGUGUGUGAGAGAGAGAGAGAAAAUAUUGUUUUGGACCAUUGCUCUUUGUAAACAGUUUACGAUUUGAACUAAUCAAAUUUCCGUGGAUCUACUCAAGAAUAUAUUUAUAUUAACUGUUGAAC